CACCCAGGCGUGAAGGAUGCCACUCUGGGUGUUCUUCGUGAUCCUUACCCUCACCAGUGACUCCCACUGCUCACUGACCCCCUCACCUCCCUUCAGGGUGCAACGACAUGCAGAUGCCAUCUUCACCAGCAACUACAGGAAACUCCUGAGCCAGCUGUACGUCCGCAAACUGCUCCAGGACAUCAUGAACAGGCAGCAAGGGGAGAGGAAGCAGGAGCAAAGGACCAGUCUCAGCCAGGAGGUGGACAGCGCAUGGGCAGAGGACAAGCCGAUGGCCCUGGAGAGCAUCUUGCAGGGGUUCCCAAGGAGGAAGCUUUCAGCGGAGGCUUAAGGCCCCUGACCCCCAAAGACAACUGUACCCCGUUACUCCUACUUCAGUUCUGACCCUUUCCUUCCUCUGUAAAUACAAUAAACCCUCCAUCCUCA